UUUUUUUUUUCUUUGUUUUUUCUUUUGUCCGACCUUACAUUAUCAUGUUCUUCACCCGACCUCUUUUACAAGCUACUACCAAAUUAACCACUGGUUUGACCGGUAUCCCUGUUCAUCCCAAUCCUCGUCCUCAUUUGAUUCAAACUUACAACAACACUUUAACCGCCUUGUCACGUCUUCCUGAACAUGCUGUUUAUCGUCAGGCCACUGAAGGUUUCACCAAGACUCGUUUGGCCAUUGUCGAAUCAACAGAAAACGUCGCUGAUAUUGAAGCCAAGAUUGGUGCUGGACAAAUCGAACAAUUGAUUUUGCAAGCUGAAGAUGAACUCAAGUUGGUGGGCAAGAUGGAACAAUGGAAACCUUGGGAAGAAUUAGAAACCCCUAUCCCUGAAGGUCAAUGGAAAUAUCCUGGUUACAAGGAAUAAAUAGUGAUUCACUUUCUUUUUUUUUUUUUAUUGUAUGAUUCCCUUUCGACAAAAAAAAAAAAACGACAACAACAAAAAAAAAAAAAAAUGAAACAUCGUCUUUUACUUUUGUGCACUAUU